AUAAAUUAUAAUAAAAUGUCAGACGUAGAUAUUGAGGACACGAUAAACAGAAUAAAAAAUCAUAAAUCAGUAUAAGGCAUAGUGAUAGUAAAUAAUGAAGGGACGAUAACAAGAACAACCUAUUUAAAUGAAAAAAAGGAAGAGGGUAACUGUCAUAUAUGAUUGUAAAAUAAGGUGACAUAAUAGCAAAAUCUAUACCAAUUUUAGCACAGAAAGCUAGAUCUUUAGUACGAGAUUUAGACCCAACAAAUGAUUUAGCAUUUUUAAGGAUAAAAUCAAAAUAAAAUGAAAUCCUAAUAGCACCAGACAAAGACCUUUUAUUAAUAGUAAUUUAAGGACCUAAAAAAUAAGGAGAAGAUGAUUAAUGAUGAAAUAUAUAUAUUAA